GCUGUGGCCUUGCUCCGGAGGCUGCCGCGGAGCUCCCGCGGGGUUCCCGGAUAGGGGCGCGGGUUGCCCGAUGUGCGUGAGGAGGUGCCUGGUGGGCCUUACCUUUUGUACCUGCUACCUGGCGUCUUACCUCACGAACAAGUAUGUCCUAUCUGUCUUGAAAUUUACCUACCCUACAUUAUUCCAAGGGUGGCAGACGUUAAUUGGUGGACUUUUGCUUCAUGUGUCAUGGAAAUUGGGCUGGGCUGAGAUCAACAGCAGUUCAAGAUCUGAUGUUUCGACGUGGCUUCCUGCUUCGGUGCUGUAUGUGGGCAUAAUCUAUGCCGGUUCCAGAGCAUUAUCCAAACUGGCCAUUCCUGUGUUUCUUACUUUGCAUAAUGUAGCUGAAGUUAUCAUCUGUGGGCACCAGAAGUGUUUUCGGAAAGAGAAAACUUCUCCUGCAAAGAUCUGUAGUGCCCUCUUCCUCCUGGCUGCUGCAGGAUGCCUCCCCUUCAACGACUCCCAGUUUGAUCCAGAUGGAUAUUUCUGGGCUGUAAUUCACUUAUUCUGUGUAGGGGCUUAUAAGAUAUUGCAGAAGUCCUGGAAACCCAAUGCGUUAAGUGACAUUGACCAGCAGUACUUAAACUACAUGUUCAGUGUGGUGCUCCUGGCAGUUGCAUCUUAUCCGACAGGUGAUCUCUUCAGUGUCCCGGACUUUCCGUUCCUGUAUUUCUACAGGUUCCAUGGAAGCUGCUGUGCCAGUGGAAUUUUAGGAUUCUUUCUCAUGCUCAGCACAGUGAAGCUAAAAAGCCUUAUGGCCCCAGGGCAGUGUGCAGCCUGGAUUUUCUUUGCUAAGGUUCUCACAGCUGGCUUGUCCAUAUUGCUGUUUGAUAUGAUCCUGACGAGUGCAACAGUGGGAUGCCUCCUGCUUGGCGGACUCGGAGAGGCCUUGCUGGUUUUCUCAGAGCAGAAGGGCUCGUAAGGACAGGAAAAAUAGACUCACAGGCUGCUGGCUGGAAUGCACGGCCCCUGGGCCUCAGAGGUCCCGCUCAAAUGUGUUAGAAGGAAGAAAACAGGAACAACAAGGCCACCACUUCUCACUGCAUCAAGAAGUCUCUGGGCUGUUGGAGAGAAUUGACUAUGUUGUGUCUUCCUGCUCCGAGAGGCUCACUCAAGCCUUGCUGACCAUGCUGGGCCCAGUGGGGCAGACCCAGACCCGGAACCCCCCAUGUGGGGAUGGGUCUGCUCAUGUUGACUGAUGUGUAAGCCUCCUUAUUAAACACCCUUCACCAAACAUGACUAUACGGAGGCGGGCUCAAGGAAUUUCGUUGCACUUUGUUUUAUGUGUUUACAUCUUUGGAGACUUUUCUGGGGACACCUUUCCCUUGCUGUCACGGGCUUGCCUGGAGCCCCCACUCACCCACUUAGGAGCACAGACAGAAUUCCUCAUGGAGGGCUUUCACGGGGGGCAGGGGCAGAGAUGAGGGUCAAAUGGGAGUUCUGAGUCAAGUAAGACAUCAGCAAGGAUGCUGUUACUCCAGAGAGAGUGCUAAAGCCUUUUUGGGGUUGUGUGUUGUGUUGCAUUCUAUACACUCUUGUUGUCCACUGUGAGGCUAACUUGCUCCUAAAUGAUCACCAGAGGGAAUAGGGUUUAUAACUGUUGAUGCAUGUGCUCCCUGGCCAGUGACACAAACAUAGAACAUACGUAUACACAAAAGCACACGCAUUUAUAUUCACAUCCCUUAAAGCUUUUAAUCCAUUGAAUUCCCUGGUGGCUCAGAGGAGAUUUCAUUCAUAUCGUUGAACACUGAAGUAUAUUUUUCAGGCCAGAUUAAAAAUUUGAUUAAGACUCUAAAUCUUCCUCUGUGGGAGUCCAAAGAAAUGAACAUGCAUGAAAUGGUAACUUGCUUCUGAACUCACAGUGAAGGUUUAAGAAAAUAAUGUCUGACUUCAAAUAUUUCUGCUCAUGACAGGUUUUGAAUGCCUGACUGCUCUGCCAGGUGUCGGGUCUGGUCAUGUUGAGAUGUAGAAGGUAGUGAAGUCCCAGUGAGCCCUCCCCAGGCAGGAAGCCAGGCUGGCACUGGUGGCCAUGCACGCCAUUCAUGGAGAACCAUCUUCGGCGUCUGGGAAAUAAGCCUGUCCAUGGAGAAUAAGGUCAGCUUAGUCAGGGGCCAUUCUUCCAACUUGUUGAAAAAAUACACAGAAGAUGAAACAAAUAGGAAUAGAUUCGUAUAUUUGGAACUUGAGUACCUUAAAUUCAUUCCCUUGUCUUUUCCUGGUCUCUGUGUGUCAUUUAAGGUAAAGAUGUUCAGAGUGAUGUUUACACAGAUACAGUUUUGUUUUUUUUUAAUGUUUAUUUAUUUUGAGAGUGAGAGAGAGCGUGCACAGCUGGGGACGGACGGAGAGAGAGCGAGACAGAGAAUCCCAAGCAGGCUCUGCACUGCCAGCCAAAGCCUGACUCGGGGCUCAGUCCCACAACCAUGAGAUCAUCAUAUGAGCGGAAAUCAAAGAGUUGGAAGCUUAACCAACUGGGCCACCCAGGUUCCCCUACACACAUAUAGUUUCAGUUUGCUGUAUGUCCUUCAUCUAUAUAAAUUUUACAGAGGCUGAAGAUCAAAUAGAAAACCGGGUUUAGAAUUGCCCUUGUUCUUUUGCUCCCACAAAACUCUUUCUGUACAACUGAGAGAGUUCUCCUUUUGUGGAAAGUGGCAUCUGUCCAAAUGUCAUCUGAAGCCUGUCUUUCCAAGUGCCAUUCAAGCAAAUUGAGGUUCCUAAGUCAGGAAAGAACCAUGCACAGGUAAUGGGCCCAUCUCCUGUUUCUAGGAGACCUGUUCUUAAAAGAAUCUCUACUAAGGACUUUUUUAUUUUUGUUUGUUUGAAUUUUUUUGAUGGCAUUCCAGAGUCCCAUUGUUUUUAUUUUUUAAUUUCUUAAUCUGAGUAGAGUUGAUACACAUGUUAAUUAGUUUUAGGUGUACGACUUAGUGAUUUGACAAGUUUACACAUUAUACUAUGCUCACCACGAGUGUACCAUCUGUCCUAUUACAUCGCUAUUAGGAUAUUAUUGACUAUGUUCCUUAUACUGUGCUUUUUAUUCCCAGGCCUUACUCAUUCCAUAAUCCAAAGCCUGUACCUCCCUCUCCCCUUCAACUGUUAUGCUCCCCCUGACCCCCCAAUCCCUUUGGCAACUCAUCUGUUCCUUCUCUGUUUUUAUAGUUCCGAUUCUCCUUUUUGUUUUUUUAUUCAUUUUUUAAAAUUCUAAGUGAAGUCAUAUGGUAUUUGUCUUUCUCAGUCUGAUUUGUGCCACUUAGCCCAAUACCUUCUAGGUCCAUCCACGUUGUUUCAUGUGGCUUGAUCUCGUCCUUUUUUAUGGCCGUGUAAUACUCCACUGUGUAUAUAUACCACAUAAUAUGCCACAUAAGUCUAUCAGUGGACAUUUAGGUUGCUUCCAUAUCUUGGCUAUUGUAAAUAAUGCUGCAAUAAACAUAGGGUACAUAGAUCUUUUCAAGUUAGUGUUUUCAUUUUCCCUGGGUAAAUACCCGAUAGUGAAAUUACUGGAUCAUAUGGUAUUUCUGUCUUUAAUUUUUUGAGGCACCUCCAUACCGUUUUCCACAGAGGCUGCACCAGUUUGCUUCUACCAACAGUGCACAAGGGUUCCUUUUUCUCCACGUCUUCACCCACACUUGUUGUUUCUUCUUGAUUUUAGCCAUUCUGACAGGUGUGAGGUGGUAUCUCAUUGUGGUUUUGAUUUGCAUUUCCCUGAUGACGAGUGAUGUUGAGCAUCUUUUCAUGUGUCUGUUGGCCACCUUUAGAUCUUCUUUGGAGAAAUGUCUGUUCAGGUCCCCUGCCCAUUUUUAAAAUUUUUUUUUUCAACGUUUUUUAUUUAUUUUUGGGACAGAGAGAGACAUAGCAUGAACGGGGGAGGGUCAGAGAGAGAGGGAGACACAGAAUCGGA